GCCGGUGGCGUGGCGCGAGGGGUUUCUAAAGGUGGCGCGAGAGGGAAAGCAAAACACCCUGGGACAGCGGCACUCCGACAGAGAGACACUGAGGGUAGGGUGGCAUCCCCGACAGAGCAGCGCCCCGGAGACAUUGAGACCUUGUGGGAAAAAAUCCCCGGUGGUGAAAUACAUUGAAUUCAAGUGUUUAACAGUGAUGUCGGGAAUAACGAAUUUAGCAGGUCAAAAACGACCAUUUUCAGAAGAUGAUGAUUCAUUUCUUAAUAUAACUUCUGAAUCUGGUUCUGAAGAAGAAGAAGAAGAAUGGGUCCCGAAAAAAAUAAUUGCAAGGAAGCCAAAAAAAUCUGUAGCAAAGCCAGUGGUUGUAAAAAAGAAAGUUAAGUCUGAAGCAGAAAGCACUGGAACAAAAAGAAAAUCGGUGAAAAGAUCUACAAUAAAGACAGCUGUUAAAAAGAACAGGAAAAAAACACCAGAAAAGAUUAAUGUGGAUCCACAUGUUAUGGCACUAUCGCCAGUUUUGAACACUAAUGAAGAUAAAUUACCAUCACAAAUUAAGCAAAAUUUAGGAAACAUGAAAUCAAUGCCUCAGCAAGCUGCAAUGCAAAUCAAGAAAGAAAUGGAACAUUGUGGGAUUAAAGUGGAACAACCAUCAACAAGCACACAUUUGAGUGAAAAGAGAAUCAAGGAAGAAGCGGAUAUAUCUUUUACGUGGGAGGAGCCAGCUUUGAAGAAGCAGAAGGUUGAGAAUUGUCUAGAUGGGAAACCAAUAAAACUACAGAGAGGAUGUGUAGAGAUUGGGGACAUGCAGAUGAACUGGAAUAUAACCCAGGUGUUGUCUGAGAGGACGAAUACAGAAGCAUGGGCUUGCGCAAACCUCAUUCGCCUGUUCAAAGAAGAAAAUACUAUUCCAUUUAUUGCCCGUUAUCGAAAGGAGCUCACCAAUAACAUGGAUGCUGAUACAUUGCGAGAAGUACAACAGACGCUCGAAGAACUGACCACAGUAAUAAAGAAAGCACACACAGCCAUACAGAAAGUAGCAAAAGAAGAAAAACUUACACCUUUUUUAAAAAACGCUUUGCUGAACUGCCAGACUCUAGAAGAAGUGGAACAUGUGUUUGCUCCUUAUAAGAGUGGAAGUAAGAAGACAAAAGCUCAGCAGGCACGUCAGCUUGGCUUAGAACCUGCAGCAAAUCUAUUGAUUGACUCUCCACGAGAACUUAAUCUAAAUAAUUACAUUAAAGCAAAUGUGAAAGGCCUUUCAAGUGUGGCAGAAAUAGAGACAGGAAUACAGCACAUUUUAGCAGACAUGAUCUCUAAAGACAGAGAAACGUUGAACUGCAUCCGGAAAUUGUGUGAACAAAAUACUGUUUUUAUUCAGUCAACUUUGACAAAAACAACUGCAAAAGAAAAGGAUGGAAACAAAAAAGAUACUGAGAAAUUCCGUCUGUACCAUAACUUUAGCAGCAGUAUUGGAAACACCCAUCAUCAUCAGAUUCUGGCCAUUAACCGAGGGGAAAAAUUGAAAAUCCUGACAGUGAAGGUCAGCAUUCCUGACAGAGUGAAAAAUGAGUUCUGUAGAUGGUGCGUCAAUGAAAGAUGGAGACCACGCCACUUUGCAAGGCCUGAAUUCAUGAAACUCUUGAAGGAUUCUGCUGAAGAUUCAUAUAAACGUCUCAUUUAUCCACUUCUGUGCAGAGAGUUCAGAUCCCGUUUAAGCUCAGAUGCUGAGAAGGAAUCUAUUGCAAUGUUUGGGAGAAAUCUUCGACAGCUUCUUUUGAUUAAUCCUGUUCGUGGCCGGGUUCUGAUGGGGAUUGAUCCUGGUUUUAGGCAUGGCUGUAAAGUAUCAAUCAUUUCAGCUACAAGCCAAAUACUUCAUACUGAUGUGAUUUACAUACUUGGUCAAGGAGCGCAGCGUGAAGCUGAAAAGAUAAGGCAUUUACUUCAUAAGUACAGCUGUUCGACCAUUGUUAUUGGUAAUGGAACUGCUUGCAGGGAAACGGAAUCUUUCUUUGCUGAUUUGAUUAACAGAAAAUAUUUUGCUCCACUGGACGUUGUCUACUGCAUUACCAGUGAAGCUGGAGCAUCCAUAUACAGUGUCAGCCCAGAGGCUGCAAAAGAGAUGCCAGAUCUGGAUCCUAAUAUUCGAAGUGCAGUCUCCAUAGCAAGGCGUGUGCAGGAUCCAUUGGCUGAGUUGGUGAAAAUUGAGCCAAAACACAUUGGAGUUGGAAUGUACCAGCAUGAUGUGUCCCAGACUUUACUUAAAGCCACCCUGGACAGUGUGGUUGAAGAAUGUGUCAGCUUUGUGGGAGUGGAUAUCAACAUCAGUUCGGAAACCCUUAUGAGACAUGUUGCAGGACUCAAUGCUAGUAGAGCAAAGAAUAUAAUUGAAUGGCGUGAGAAGAAUGGACCAUUCAUCAGCAGAGAACAGCUGAAGCAAGUCAAAGGCUUGGGUCCAAAAACAUUUCAACAGUGUGCUGGUUUCAUCCGAAUUAAUCCAGAAAACAUAAAGAACUUCUGCAACAAUCAGCAACGGUCUUAUAGCACUGCGGGAGAUCAGCAGGCAGCUGAAGCAGGCAGCAGUUCCAAGGCAGGUGCCAGAGGGGGCACAACUGGGAAACCCAGCAAAAAGAAGGGCAAAACCCAGUGCACCUCAGUGCGGCCAAACCCUUUAGAUCAGACAUGUAUCCAUCCUGAAUCAUACGACACAGUGAUGAGAUUCUUAUCCUUCAUCAAUGGAAACCUGUCUGACAUUGGAAGACCUGCUAUGCAGAACAAUGUGAACACAGCACUGAAAACCAGUUUGAUGGAUGCCUUAGCUCAAAGACUUGAUACAACUGUGCCAACACUGCAGAUGAUUAUUGAUGGACUGAUACAGCCUCAUGACUAUGACAUUAGAGCAGGAUUUGAACAACAGGAUUUUAAAAGGAACAUUGUCUCUCUUAAUGACCUGAAAAAUGGAACUGUUUUGACUGGAAGAGUGGAAAAUGCUACUCUCUUUGGUGUCUUUGUUGACAUAGGUGUCGGCCGAUCUGGUCUGAUCCCUAUACGUUACAUUACAGCAGCCAAGCUACCUGCAUCUAAAAGACGUCGGAGUCUAGGGCUUGGUCCUGGUGAGAGGGUGGAAGUUAAAGUGCUGGAGAUUGACCAUGCAAGAAACCGUAUAUCAUUAGAUCUUAUUCGAGUUUUGUAAAAAAAAAAAUAAAACCAAUUUGGUCAAA